AUGACCGUAUCCACCACGUCGCCCCUCCCGCUCGUCCUCGCCGCAGCCGCGCUGCUCGCAGGCGCCCACGCCCGCUCCAACACGGGCGAGCCAGGCUUCUGCAAAGACGACAAGUCGUGCGAAGAGAACUACGUGUGCAUCAGCGUCCAGACGACGCGGUCGGGCAUUGAGGGCGUGAAGCAGUGCUUGCCGUACGUGGCCGAAGGCGACGUGUGCUCGGGCACGUUCUCGGGCCUCUGUCCGUCGUUUUCGACGUGGGAUACGGAGUUCCAGUCCAUCAGUAGCGUCUGCGCGUACCAACUGCCCUCGGGCACGGACCAGUGCCUCAACGACACGUUCUCGGGCGGCUCGGACACGAGUGGCUACGUCUCGUGCAUGGACAUUUCCGCUGGCUCAGGGUCUUCGGCCACGAGCGUCGGCGUGAUUUUUGGCUGUGUGGACUUUGACGGCUCGAAUUUGCUCUUUGAAGAAGACUCGGCCAAUUGGGAGCUCUCGUCCGAGAUGAACUACACGGGCGUGAUCAACGAGGGGUGUGUAAACCCCACGAACGGCGAGAACUCGGACGUUGUGUGCUCGGGACGCGGCACGUGUGCGCCGGCGUCGUCGGGCUCCAUGGGCUACGCCUGCAACUGCAACAUUGGCUACAACGGCACCUUUUGCCAGAACAUUGUCUCGAACAAGUGCACGCUCGAGUCGCAGUGUCAAGCUGGCACGUGCAACCUCGUGACGCAGGAGUGCGAGUGCGAAGAAGGGACGACGGGCGACCAGUGCGCGUUCUGCGACCCGUCGUCGACCAAGGCGUGCAACGGCCGCGGCAAGUGCGUGGCCGCGCCCAGUCUGACGACGGACGUGAACGGGACGACCAACGCGAACGGGGCGAAUAACGCGAACGGGACGAUGGACUCGGACACUACGACAUCAGCAGGCAGUGACAUGAACAUGGCUACAGUGGACACGGCCGACUCUGAAGGCUCAGGUUCUACGACGGCAGCUCGGUUCUUGAUGGAGGCAGUUGGCAUGACUUCGUCGGGGUCGACAAGUGGCAAUGGCAAUGUCUGCGUGUGCGAGAGUGGCUACACUGGCGACCAGUGCACGCGGGAGGUGGAAUCGAGCGGCAGUGGCGACGACAAGAAGUCGGGUCGUCGGAACCCUUCGUCCAGUGACGCUUCUUCGAUGGCCACGUCGUUUGGUGUCGUGGCUGCAGCGUUUGCUUUUGCCGUAUGGAACUAG